GGAAAACGAACCUCACAACAAACUCCGACGUCGUCACUUAGUUCCGGCGGAGUAGCCAUGGCGGCUGCGACGACGGGGACAGGGACGGCGUCUCCGUGUGGGGCUUGCAAGUUCUUGAGAAGGAAGUGUGUGAGUGGAUGCAUUUUCGCUCCACAUUUCGGGUCAGACCAAGGAGCGGCUAGGUUCGCGGCCGUUCAUAAGGUUUUUGGAGCCAGCAACGUGUCGAAACUGUUGCACCAUAUUCCGGUGAACCGUCGUCAUGAUGCGGUGGUUACGAUCUCAUAUGAGGCUCAAGCUAGGCUCUCUGAUCCUGUCUAUGGCUGCGUCUCAACCAUCCUUGCUCUCCAACAACAGGUGGCCUCGCUACAGGCGGAGUUAUCGGUGGUACAAUCACAACUGAUUAACAGUAGAGUCGCAAUGGCCAACGUUAUGCAACAACAAACUCAUCACCAACAACAGCAACAACAAUUAGUUGUUAUGCAACAACCCGAAUACUCCAACAACUCCUCCGCCUCCACCACUCUCGCCGGAGCCGCCAUGAACAGCUUCACCGUGGCAGCGGAGGCGGCAACGGUCAGCUAUGAUGUCAUGGCUCCGACUAACUUAGAACAUUCAUUGCAUCUAAUCCCACCACAUCAGCAAAGGAGAAGAGAUCAGCAUGAGGAUGAGGAAGAGAGCGGUGCUGAUUUUUCGGUGGCUGUUGGAUCGACGACGGUAGCUUCAGAGGUAAUAUUUCCGGCGGAUGGUUAUCACCGGAGAUGAAUAUAUUACCUAGCUAGAGUUGUCUUUAAUUUAUAUAGCUCCAUUUUUAAUAAUGUUGAGAAAGAAAAUAAUAGUAUUCAG